GCAGUGCAUUCACAGAUUGUUUUCUACAACGUGCACUGGACAUUAAAUUACAAAUGAAUGAUGCAAAGUGAUUCAUUUAAGAUUUCUAAUCCAUGAAGUGUUAGAUAUAUAUUGUGCAUUUGCAUGAUCACCGCAGUGGCAUUAUUAUUUUAUUUUUUUAAUUAUUAUCUUGUUUUUUUUGUUGUAAAACCCGGUUAAUCUGCAGAAUCCCACCAGAAAUGGAGAGCCAACAUGGCAAGUGGACGCUGUCCGACAGCGAUGAUGAUGAUGAUAAUAACGUCGUACCACCAACACCACCAAAAGACAUAAAGAAACCCUUAAAGAACAUCAAGCCUGAUCUGGAGCCCAAAGCCAGGCCAGUUAAUGCACUGUUAAAGCCCAGAUCUGAGCCCAGGAAAGAAAACAACGUGAAGCUCGAGUCAGAAAAUCCGUCCGUCCCUGCCAUGGGCUCUGAGGCUCGACAAGCCGCACGCCUGCAUCAGAGCAAUCCGGUGAAAUACGACAGCAGUCCUUCUCCAGCGCUGAAACGGAAGAGAGAAACAGACGAGGGAGGCUGGAAUCUCUCCAGCAGUGAUGAAGACGACGAUGAUGGAGCUUCUUCAUCAGCCCCCAAAAACAAACCAAAACCCAAACCGCCGAGCUCGAGUCCUCCGAGGAAGAAGCCCGAGCGGAGUCGGCCCCGGAGCCCACACGGUGAUAAUUAUUAUAAAGAGGAGCCCAGUGAUUUCUUCGAGGCGAGCUUAAAUACCAUGAACGAUAUGUACCGCUUUUAUUUAAGCAAAGUCACAGGGAUAGAAAAGAAGUACAACACUGGAGCUUUGCACAUUAAAGAAAUACUUUCCCCCAUGUUUGGCACACUAAAGGAAUCCGUCCAGUUUAACUACUGCUUUGACAUUCCAUGGAUGGUGCAACAAUAUCCUCCUGAGUUUAGGAAUAAUCCUGUAACUAUUGUGCACGGAGAGAAGCGAGAGUCGAAGGCUCGGCUCAUCCAGCAGGCUCAGCCCUACGGCCAUAUUCGCUUCUGUCAGGCCAAGCUGGAUAUUGCCUUCGGGACUCAUCAUACAAAGAUGAUGCUCUUGUGGUACGAGGAAGGCUUUAGAGUCAUUAUCCUGACGUCGAACCUCAUCCAGGCUGACUGGUACCAAAAGACUCAAGGUCUGUGGAUGAGUCCUCUGUACCCGCGGUUACCAGAGGGAAGCCCCGAGACGGCCGGCGAGUCUCCGACGCACUUCAAACGAGACCUGCUGGAGUAUCUGAACGCGUACCGAGCCCCGGAGCUGGCCGAGUGGAUCGAGCGCAUCAAAGAACACGACCUGUCAGAAACCAGGAUCUACCUUAUUGGUUCCACACCAGGGAGGUUUCAGGGAUCCGACAUGGAGAAGUGGGGUCACUUAAAGUUGAGGAAGUUGCUGAGCGAACACACACAUCCAGUGCAAAACGCCGAGAAGUGGCCUGUGAUUGGUCAGUUCUCCAGCAUCGGCUCUAUGGGCAUCGAUAAGACCAAGUGGCUCUCAGCAGAGUUCCAGCGUACCCUGAUGACGUUAGGGAAGAGUGGGAAAACGUUGACUGUCCCAGAGACACCACUCCUGCUGGUCUAUCCUUCAGUGAACAAUGUUCGAACCAGUUUAGAAGGCUACCCAGCUGGAGGUUCUUUACCCUACAGUAUACAGACAGCACAGAAGCAGGUCUGGCUCCAUUCCUACUUCCAUGGAUGGAAAGCUGAAACCUCAGGCAGGAGCAGUGCGAUGCCCCACAUUAAGACCUACAUGAGGACGUCUCCGGAUUUCUCUCAGCUGGCCUGGUUUCUCGUUACAAGUGCCAAUUUAUCCAAAGCUGCCUGGGGGGCGCUGGAGAAAAACAAUACUCAGAUGAUGGUUCGUUCCUAUGAGCUGGGAGUUCUGUACCUGCCUUCAGCCUUCCAUAUGAGCACGUUUCCAGUGGAGAAGAACAUCUUCCCCGUCUCAGGCUCCUCCACAGGUUUCCCUGUGCCUUUCGAUUUGCCACCGGUUCGCUACUCCAGUAAAGAUCAGCCGUGGAUCUGGAAUAUUCCAUACACAAAAGCUCCAGACACUCACGGCAAUAUCUGGGUCCCGUCUUGAAACGUGUUCCCAUUGCUGCUCGGAUACAAAGGGCCAAACGAGGACAGGAAGUACCCACUGUUUAUUACUGUUUUAUUAACUGGACUCUUGACUACAGUAAACAUGGUGCUGAAAAUAAUAAUUAAAAAACAGACUGUGAGGAUUUUUGAUAUUGAUAUUAGUAGGUAAUAAAGAAUUAGUAAUCAUAAACGUGCUGAGACUCUUGAGCUUGUAGUAUUUCCAUUUAUGACUUAGGAUUUUAACGUGUGUAAUCUGCAUAGUCUUGAUAAUAAAACCUUUUUUAUUUCACUCUCCGCACUUUCACCACAGACUGAUGCAAAUAGCCGAAUGGUCCCUCUUGAGACAAAUUGCUGUUUUUGAAGAAGUGGCGCUUUUUUCUGUCUGAAUCACACCUGCAUGCAAUGAGACAUCAGUAAUUACGUUCCAGCUCCAACCUGAGGGCCUGCGAAUUAGUUUUCAUCUCGACCUUACCCAAUCAGUUUGGGCACCAUUUAAGUGUAAUCAUUUCACAUCACAUAGUGAGAGCACUUUCCUCUGUGUGUGUGUGUGUGUUUGCAGUACAACAUAAGAGAGCAAUCUGUCUGUGGAGGGAAAACACAAGGAGAGACAAUAAACGAUAAAUGACAUAGGUAAGAAAAUUCAAGGCAGAAUUCUGGGUGUUUCAGCUCCGUGGUGCGAUUCGGAUUCUCACGUCAUGCUUGUCACGUGCAUUCUUAUAUUCAGUGCAUUACAUGCAUUCUUAUAUGUGCAUAAGCCUUAUAUAAGGCUUAUAUACACCUGACAUGAGUGAUACUUCUUAAAUUAGGGAAUUGAUUAGUGUUUAUUCAGUGGCUUUACACAGAAAUUGAUAUGUUGCUUGGCAACAGCGUCAUAAAUUUCCAUCACAGCUGUAACAGCUUGAUCUCUCACGACUUGGAUGUUUUUUUUUUUGUUUGUUUGACACGAGUACAUCUCAGUUCUGCAUACAUUACCAGGAAAAAGCAGUAGAGUACACGGCACUUGAGAAAGCAGUAUGAAUUAUGGAUGUCGCUCAAAGCCUACACGGACAUUUGUGACAUUUACCGAUACCGUUUUAGGAUUUGACAGAAUUCUGUCUUUCAUCCUAAAAAGGUCAUUUGGUAUUGAUCUCAGACUAUUUCGGUUAUUUCUAAACAUUGGCUGUAGAGGACGACCAAAUGCCGGGGACGUAUCGUGUUUCCCAGUCCGUUUGACCUUACGGAAAGGUCGCCAACUUUUAGCCUGUUUAUUUCAUACACCAACAAUUAUUUUUGCUGUGAUGCAUGAUGUCAUAUGAGCCAUUUAGCACGUCACAUCUGAAUUCUGUUUAAUUUAAACACCUUCUGCAGUCCGGGUCGAAAUGGCCGAGAGAUUGAUUGUGUGAUUAAGGUUGCCAGGUGUUAGCAAAAUUUCCAGACCAGUUACAUCUCAAAAAAUGCACAAAAAGACCAGAAACUAAAUGCAGUUUAAGUUUGUUCAUUCACUGGUCAAUAAAUCAGUACAUCAAUCACUAAAUCAAGAAAUAAAUCGAGAAAUAAAUAAAUAGUUUUUUUAGUCACCUGACUUAAACAAUCCACGAAUCCCCUCAGUAUAUUAAUUUAUUUUAUGAACAUAACCCAAACAUUAGGUUCAUCAUUUAACCGUGUAUAAUAAUAUUCCGGCUGCUUACUCGAGCCUUAGAGCUUUUAAUUCCUGAACUUUCCACCAACAUCACAUUCAAGUUAACAUUUAUAGGUUUACUUGUUGUUUGAGUUUAUGAGGUUUGGAUUAAACUUUGACAACAAUGCACUCUGAUUUCCAAUCAUCAUUUUAAGAGAACCACUGCUGUUGGUGUCCUAUCUUUCUUUAUUUAAGGAAAAAAAACAAACACUUAACAGAAUUAUAUAGUCUUUGAUUUAUCAUUUCUGACUAGAGUUCUCUCCUUGACAUGACACAAGUUGCCACUGCAACAGAAAUAUUUCUGUGGAUACGCUGUCUGCACUUACACUUUGAAAUUAGAAAUGGUGGCCAUGGUUUAUUUUUAAACUAACCCAAAAACUGCCACACAUGGACUUGUUUUUUCCACCUGUGACCUUGUUCCAGAAAAACUAGCUCAAUUUGGAGUAAAAACCUCCACUCUAGCAGCCCUGAUUAUGGAGUGUUCUGUACCUGCUGGGUUACAUGGCCUGCACCAUGUUCACUAUGCCAAUCAAAAGUAUUUGUACCCCAUGUAUUAAUGCCAAGAAAUAGGUAUAAGUGAAAUGAGAAAUGUUUAUUGGGAGAAAAUCUCGGCUUGGAGUAACUUACAGUCUUACAGUAACUGCUUCACCAAACAAGAGCCCUCGUCUUUAAUAAAACACUCAUUUAGAGUCCUGUCUGAGGCCGAAUGAUGAACAAAUCCUUAAAUACAAAGAUUUAAUGAAAUACUUGAUUAUCCCUUUUUGCUUAUUUCAUUGCCAACAAAGAGUAAACUGUAAUAAAUAAUAAAUAAAGCAUUAAAAGUGUUCAAAACCCUCUGACUGUAUUUAGUUCACUGCUUUUGGAGGUCAUAGAAAAUAAUGCUAAUAAUUUCAGAAAACCAAGUCAUAACCUACUUUGCCAUCUUUUUCUGCAAAUAUCUACCAGUCAUCCCAUCUUCUCUGUCCUAACCUGCUGUUAAUUAGAAACAGGAAGUACAAAAUUUUAUACUACAACUAAAUGGACUGUUAUUGGACACCCAACCCUGGGAGAACACUUUUCUGUGUUUUCUUUCCACUUUGACCAAAUGUACCAAGCUGGUGGUGCAAAUGGCCUCAGGUCUGAUAAUAAAACACUCUUAUUGUGGAAAUAAACAAAUGAUUAUAUGCCUAUAAAUCAGAAAAAACACUAAAAUGUGCACUGUAGUGUGGUGUGAUUCCGGGAACAGGACUGGAUCAGAUGAACAAAAUAAAUAGACAGAAAAACGUGUCACAACAUGCCAAACUAUUUCUUUUGUAUUCUUCUUUUUGUCUCUAUACACCAAGCUCCUGCUGACAAAUCUGACAAAUCAGCAGACACCUUAGUACCACAGACAGAACACAGUGACCUCUCACACUGUGAUUUGGUCUGUAAACUGUUCAGAUUUAGUGGUUUGAAUCUGAAAUCUACCAGUCUAGCAUCAUGGAAAAUGCAGGUGUGUCUCAUAAGACAUCUGUCAGCCCAAUCAGCUAAACCCUGCUGCACUGUCAGGCAAACUCCAAGCCCCCCCACCACCCCCAGCACAAACAGCC